GGCGGCGGCCCGAACGGGCCCCGGCGGCCGUGAGCGCUAGGGAGCGCGCUGCCUGCAUGCGCGGAGCUCCAGCCCCGGGCGGCCGCCGCUGCAGCGCCGGAACCGGGGGCAGCCGGACGUGGAGAGGAGCGCGGAGCCCGGCGGCGCCCCGAGUCCACGCUGGACCUUUGUGACUGUCUAGCGCCCGGGUGCGCUGCAAAGACGAGAACCGGACUCUUUCCAAUCUCCCGGCAUCUGGGCGCCGGGCGACUCUUCCUAUUUUCUAACUCAACUCGUGGAUGAACGUGGCUCGGCUCUGAGCGCGCCGGCGACUCGUAGGACUCCAGCCCUGGCUGCGGCCGCUGCGCACGCCUUCGGGAGACUCGGCGGGGUAGGGACACGGGCUGGCCGCGAGAGUCUGUGUACAGAGCGGGCGGGCCGAGGGCCGACUGGAGAGUGUCCUCGGAGGACCGGUUUGGGAUUUGGUGUGAACAGCAUGGAGGAGAAUGACCCCAAGCCCAGCGAAGCUGCGGCGGCUGUGGAGGGGCAGCAGCGGCAGCCGGAAUCCAGCCCCGGCGGCGGCGGCGGCGGCGGCGGCAGCAGCAGCAGUAGUAGCAGCAGCAGCAGCAGCCCGGGCGAUGCGGACACUGGCCGCCGGCGGGCUCUGAUGCUGCCCGCGGUCCUGCAGGCGCCGGGCAACCACCAGCAUCCACACCGCAUCACCAACUUCUUCAUCGACAAUAUCCUGCGGCCCGAGUUUGGCCGGAGAAAGGACGCGGGGACGUGCUGUGCCGGCGCCGGAGGAGGCAGAAGCGGCGGAGCUGGCGGCGAAGGCGGCGCGGGCGGCGCGGAGGGAGGCGGCGGCGCGGGCGGCGCCGAGCAGCUCCUGGGAUCCGGCCGGGAACCCCGGCAGAACGUGCUCGGCGCGCCCGGUGCCGGCGGGCCGCUGCCCGGCGGUGGCGGUGGCGACUCCCCCGGUGACGGCGAAGGCGGCUCCAAGGCGCUGUCGCUGCACAGCGGCGCCAAGAAAGGCGGAGAGCCAGGGGGCCCCCUGGACGGGGCGCUCAAGGCCCGCGGCUUGGGCGGCGGCGACCUGUCGGUGAGCUCAGACUCGGACAGUUCGCAGGCCAGCGCCAACCUGGGCACGCAGCCCAUGCUCUGGCCGGCUUGGGUCUACUGCACGCGCUACUCGGACCGGCCUUCUUCAGGUCCCAGGUCCCGAAAACCAAAGAAGAAGAACCCCAACAAAGAGGACAAGCGGCCCCGCACAGCUUUCACAGCGGAGCAGCUGCAGAGGCUCAAGGCGGAGUUCCAGACCAACAGGUACCUGACGGAGCAGCGGCGCCAGAGCCUGGCACAGGAGCUCAGCCUCAACGAGUCGCAGAUCAAGAUCUGGUUCCAGAACAAACGCGCCAAGAUCAAGAAGGCCACGGGCAACAAGAACACACUGGCCGUGCACCUCAUGGCGCAGGGCCUGUACAACCACUCCACCACCGCCAAGGAGGGCAAGUCGGACAGCGAGUAGGGGGGGCGGGCGCCACGUCCAGUCUCAGUCCCAGCUAAACAAUGCAAUAAUUUAAAAUCACACAUAAAGGGCCAGUGUAUAAAGAUUAUACCAGCAUUAAUAGCGACGAUAUCGUGUAUUAGCUAUGGUUCUGCAAUAUUCAUUCUAUGUAUAUAUAAUUUACAGGUGGUGUAAAAUCCAACACGUCUGACUAUAAAGUAUUUUUUUUGUUAUUUUUUGUUGUUGUUGUUGAAGAGACCGUGCUAAUUUUAUGAUUUUUUUUUUUUUUUUUGCAAAGGGGGCUGCCUAGGGUUUCAUCUUUUUUAAUCCCCUAAGUUCCGUUAUGGGACAUCGGACACUUUUUUUUUUUUAAUUUCAAAAGAAGAAAAAAAUGAAAACAACUUGCUGAAGUCCAAAGAUUUUUAUUGCUGCAUUUCACACGACUGUGAACCGAAUAAAGAGCUCCUACUUGGUCUUUGAGUUCUGCCACUUUGUGUGUGUGGGCUGGGGGAAGACGGCAGGAGGGGCCGCAUCCCCAGCCUCGCCAGCGGCAGAGAGAGGGCCCUGGCGGGGCGGAUGGUGGAGGCCUGGCCAUGGGCAGUUACCGCGCCCAGAGGCCGGGUCUGCCCUGGGCCGGGUCCCAAGGCCCGGUCCCCUCCUCCCGCCUUCUCCCCGUUCUGCUCCUCCUCCUCCUCCUCCUCGUUGAGGCCUGGCCUCUGCCUCCCUGCAUGCUUCUUCUGUCUGCGUCUAUGUCGCUGUCCCCUGUCCAGCCACCCGGCCGCCAGCACCCACUCUCCCACCUCUGGGCCCAGGGCCGACGGGGCCAGGCAGGUGGGGCGCCUCCUCCUCCAGGCCUGGACAUCGCCCCUGUGGCCACCACGGCCCCAGCCCUGCGGCCCAAGUCCGCUGCCUCCACCUCUGGGCAGGCAGAGGCCUGGAGAGGGAGCUGACAUUUCCUUCCUUUCCUUUGUUUUUUAAUUCCCUUUCUUUUCUUUCUUUUUUUUUUUUUUCUAAGUGGCCGCUUCUGCUAUAGAGAGCAUUCCUCAAGGUAACCAGGUGUGCGUGUGUGUGAUACUCUUGUACACUCACACAAGCAGGCGUGCAUGAGUCUGCAGUUCUGGACCGUGUGGCUACCUUGACUUUUAAAAGAACUCAGAAUUCUCCAGGAUCUAGAAGAAGGAAGAAAAAUGUGUAAAUAACCUUUUUUUUUUAUCACUUUUUGUCUUUUUUUUUUAAAUAUACAUUUUAUUUUUCGAAGGUGUGGUACCGUGUAAAUUAAAUAUAUUCAAUAUAUCCCCCACCAAGUACAUAUAUAUAAACAAACGCAUUAUCUAUCUAUCUAUAACUCCACACUGUCUUCUGUUUCGUGUAUGGAAAAAGAAUUAUGUCCAAACGUCCAUCUGCAUGGGGACAGCCCAGGGGGCGUGCCCAUGGCUGAGACAGGCCUCGUGGCUGUGCCCCUGCGGACGGAGGGGGAACUUCUCUCUUUGCCUUAAACUUCUUUAUUUCACUGCGAUACUAGUUUCACUUUGUACAUACUAGUGUAAACCUUUUUAAAAAAAAAAACUAUAAGAACAAAAGUUGUAAUUUAAAAUUCUGUGAAUAACCAUCUGCUGCUUAGGAAACAAUGAAAACGAUAAUGCCUUUUUAGCCGGAAGCCAAGUUCUUGGGUUUUUUAUUUUUUUAUGUUUAUUUUUUCGUUUAUCCAACAUGUGCAUUUUCCAGUUUCAGUAGCAAAUAUUUAUAAUCUUAUGAGAAAUGAAUGUUUCUAUUUACAACCGUGGUUAUCAAAAUUGUGAACACUCUCCCCCUGCAUUUUUGUGUGUUUCAAUUCUUGAAAAUUACAUUAAAUAAAAAAACCCAUUUUAUUGUAAAA